AAACUACAAGCCCCUCCCCCCUCGCCACAUGGCUUGCUGAUUUUCUCACUGUUUAUCAAGCAGCAAGAGCUAGCCCAGAGCACAUCAUAUGCGCUCUCUAUACUUCUGACAUCAGUAGUAGGAAUGACGGACCGAAGUGCUCCUGAGUGUAGUCUACAGUUGGAGUGGGUGUAUGGUUACCGUGGACACCAGUGUCGUAACAACCUCUACUAUACUGCAACUGGUGACAUUGUGUAUUUUGUAGCUGGAGUUGGUGUUGUGUGUUGCCAUGGCGAGGAGAAACGGCAACGAUUUUUCCUUGGACAUUCUGAUGACAUCAUCAGUCUAGCGCUCCACCCGGACAAGUCGCUGGUGGCCACUGGGCAGAUUGGCAAGGAACCUUUUAUCUGCGUUUGGGACCCAGUUACCUUGGAGACGGUCUCGAUCCUCCAGGGAGGUCAUGAAAGGGGCGUGGCAGCUCUAGGGUUCAGUGCAGACGGAAAGCUACUGGCUUCGAUUGGCCUUGACAACUACCAUACUCUGGUUGUGUGGGACUGGCGUAAGGGGAAGCCCCUCUCAUCAACGCGGGGCCACUCUGACAGGAUCUUUGAUGUCCAGUUUAACCCCUACGUUCCCAACGCUCUGGUGACCUGUGGGGUUAAACACAUAAAGUUCUGGUCUCUGUGUGGCAACUCUUUGUCUGGAAAGAAAGGAAUUUUCGGGAAAAUAGGAGAGCUACAGUCCCAGCUGUGUGCUGUGUUUGCCUCGGAGGAGUGUUGCUUCAGUGGAACACUCAGUGGUGACGUGUACAAGUGGAAAGGCCACAUCCUCCAGUCCGUUAUCAAGAGGGCACAUCUGGGGUCAAUCUACUCGCUGCACUCAAGUGAGGACGGCUUUGCCUCGGGGUCAAAGGACGGGACUGUGAAACUGUGGGAUAAAGAAUUCAAGAUAAUCACUCAAUUAGAUCUUACCGGGAGCCCACCUGGAUACAAGGGUCUGGUGGUCCGCAGUGUGUGUUGGGGAGGGGAGCGUGUGCUGGCUGGCACUAGAGACAGUGAGGUGUACGAGGUGACUGUGGGAGACCGCUCCAAACCACGCCUCAUCACAGGGGGUCACUCGGAGGGGGAGCUGUGGGCACUCGCCAGUCAUCCAUCACAAGACCUGUUCGCUACUGGUAGUGACGACAAGACAAUCAGAGUAUGGCGAGUGUCUGACCACGCCCUCCUGUCCCAGUGCCACGCCCCCCACCCAGUCCGCUCGCUGGCCUACUCUCCUGAUGGAGGUCACCUGGCAGCUGGCAUGCAAGAUGGGGGAUUCUCUGUAUUUAAUGCAAGUGACCUCUCCCAGCUAACGCACAUCAAGCGACGUAAAGAGGUGCUUCAUGAGAUGAAGUAUUCCCCAGAUGGUCAAUACCUGGCUGUGGGCUCCAAUGACAACUUUGUUGAUGUGUAUGCAGUGGCCUCAGGCUAUAAGCACGUUGGUGUGUGCUCAGGGAGCUCUAGCUUCAUCACUCAUCUUGACUGGGCAGUGGACUCGAAACACCUCCUCACCAACUCUGGAGCUUCAGAGAAACUCUAUUACCAAAUACCCAGUGGUAAACGUGUGACUUCUAAAGAGGAGAUUCUUGGUAUCCACUGGUCAUCAUGGACGGGGGUGCUGGGUACAGAGGUCAAUGGGGUGUGGCCUAAAUACACUCAAGUUAACGACAUCAAUGCCACCCACGCAUCAUUUGAGUACCAAGCCAUCGUCACGGGCGAUGAUUUUGGUCUCGUGAAACUGUUCAGAUUCCCGUGCAUCAAGAAAGGUGCAAAGUUCAAGAAAUAUAUUGGCCAUUCUGCUCAUGUGACCAAUGUCCGAUUCACUCACAACACAAGUCAUGUGAUAUCAGUAGGCGGGGCAGAUCAUGCCAUAUUCCUGUGGCAGCUCAUUCUUCCUGGAGGGGGUGUGGUCAAUGACGAGGACGAUAGUCUAGCAGCCCAAGGGUCAGAGGUCGAUGAGGGGAGUGACUCGGAGCUAUCUGAUGUUGCAUCUCUGGAUAGUGAUCUAGAGAGAGAAGGGGAGCAGACGUAUGAGAGAGCUGUACACAAGGAGGAUAUUCAACUGAUAAAGAAGGCAGCAAAGAAGGAGACGAUUGCCGCAAAGGGGCGUGGCAUCAAGGCGGGAGCGGAGGGACGUAAGAGUGGUCCCCCAGAGAACAGCCUCUCCCUCUCAUUCGUGCAUGGCUAUCGUGGUUAUGACUGUCGUAACAACCUCUUCUACACAAGCUCAGGGGAGGUGGUCUAUCACGUAGCGGCAGUGGGUGUGGUCUACAAUCGUACCGCCCACUCACAACGAUUCUACACUGGACACACUGACGAUAUCCUCUGUCUCGCACUCCACCCCUCCCAGGACUUGAUAGCCACAGGACAGGUUGGACGUGACCCCACCAUCCACGUGUGGGAUCCUGUCUCCAUGGAAACACUCUCGAUCCUCCAGGGCGCCCACGAAAGGGGCGUGACUUGCGUGGCUUUCUCAACGGACGGGAAACGCUUGGCAACCGUCGGCCUUGACAACGACCAUUCUAUCGUAGUGUGGAAUUGGAAGAAAGGAGAGAAACUAGCGACAACAAGGGGACAUAAAGAUAAGAUUUUUAUGAUUUCCUGGGACCCUUUCUCGGCCGAUAAAUUGGUAACUGUAGGGGUUAAACACUUGAAGUUUUGGUGUAUGGUUGGAGGCGGCUUCACGUCCAAACGUGGCGUUUUUGGCAAGAAAGGUACCCAAACGACGAUGCUGUGUGUCGACUUUGGUACGGUGAGUGGUCAGACCUUCACUGGUGGUGCUGAUGGACGCGUGUACCAUUGGGAGGGGAGUGGUCUCAGUAGGAGCGUGGAGGGACACAAGGGACCUGUGUUUGCAUUGCAGAGAGUGGAGAAGGGUUUUAUCUCCGGGGGUAAGGACGGUGUGGUGGCGCUGUGGGACGAGGCAUUCACUCAUAUCCUCAAGACCUACUCUCUCCACUCCUCCUCUCUGAGCGGGGAGGGACAACUGUACAAGGACCUACCUCCUAUAAGAGCACUCUCACUCGGACAUGGCAAGAUACUCGUGGGCACUAAGAACAGUGAGGUGUUGGAGAUUGACCGCAGUGGUCCAAUACAUCUCCUGGUACAGGGUCAUAUGGAGGGUGAGGCAUGGGGACUGGCCGCCCACCCUCGUGAGGACACGUGUGCAAGUGUGAGUGAUGAUGGAACUGUGCGUGUGUGGCAAUUAUCAGACAACAAGAUGACAGCCAUUAGAGAUCUUGAGAGACCAGCUCGCUCCGUAGGCUAUUCGUACGAUGGCACCUCAUUGGCAGUGGGUAUGAAGGACGGCGGCUGUGUGGUGUUGAGUGCUGAUAAUAUGGAGACCAUCGUGUCCUUCCAUCAUCGCAAGGAAGAGAUCUCUGAUGUCAAGUUCUCUCCUAAUGGCAAGUUCCUGGCUGUGGCCUCACAUGAUAACUUUGUGGACAUCUACAGCACCACUGGCAAGAAGAGGGUCGGUAUAUGCAAGGGAGCAUCAUCGUACAUCACACACAUUGACUGGGACACACGAGGCAAGUUACUCCAGGUGAACACAGGGGACGGGGAGGUCCUCUAUUAUGAGGCUCCUCGCGGGAAACAACAGUUCAUAUCUCACGAUGAUGCUGAGGAGUUGGAGUGGUCUUCAUGGACCUGUGUCCUUGGACCCUCAUGUAAAGGGGUGUGGCCUGCGUAUACGGACAUCACUGACGUCAAUGCUGCAUGUGUGUCACAUGACACUCAAGUGGUUGCCACGGGAGACGACUUUGGCUAUGUGAAGUUGUACAAGUACCCAUCAAUUGAGAAGCAUGCUAAGUGCAGACAGUAUGUUGGGCAUUCUGCUCAUGUGACAAAUGUACGAUGGUCACAUGACGAUUGCUCUCUCAUCUCAUUGGGCGGAGCUGAUACAAGUCUCAUGGUGUGGAAGUAUAGCGGAGGAUCACAUGACCAAGCAUCCGACCAAUCACAAGGCUCGCUGCCAACAUCCAUGUAUCUCAGCGAAGACUCGGAUACUGAUUCUGAGGAGGAAGGAGGUUACGACAGUGACCUGGAGAGAGAGAGAAAUAUUGACUACAGCUCUAAGACAUAUGCACAGUCAACACGUGAUCCUACACUGAUCAAGCCUCAUCAGAGUGUAGCGGAGGGAGGUGUGGCUAAGAAGAGAGGCGUGGUCAGUCGCUCUGUGACUGCUACUCCGAGGGUGGUCACACAAGACAAGGCUCCUAAAGUCACUAACCUUUCCCUGGACUAUGUGUUUGGGUAUCGUGGAUUUGACACUCGUCAGAACGUGUGCGUGGGUCCGGAUGGAGGCGUGGUGUUUCAUGCUGCCGGGGUGGGUGUGGUCUACAACACUCUCACACGAGCGCAGUCAUUCUAUUUGGAGCACACUGAUGACAUCCUUUGUCUGAGCAUGUGCAGAAACAACAAGAUGGCGCACAUCGUGGCAACAGGUCAGAUAGGUCGCUCUGCUCCAGUGCACGUGUGGGACUCACACUCCAAGCAGACCCUAUCAGUACUCCAGGGGGCACAUGGAGUGGGCGUGGCUGGAGUGGACUUCAGCUCCAAUGGGAAGCUCUUGUUGACUGUUGGUCUUGAUCCUGACCACACCCUCACUGUGUGGAGGUGGAGCGAGGGUACGAAGGUGGCACAGGUAGCGGGUCACCAUCACCGCGUGUGGGCGAGGUUCCGUCCUGACUCUAAUACCAAGUUUGUCAGUUGUGGAGUCAAGCAUGUCAAGUUCUGGACACUAGCUGGAACUCAGUUGAUCGGCAAGAAAGGGAGUAUCCCUAAAUCAAUGGAUGUGGCCACCAUCAAGACCAUGCUCUCCAUAGCCUUCGGACCAGAUGACGUGACGUUCACUGGGGCUGUGAAUGGUGAUGUGUGGGUGUGGCAGGGGGUGGGGCUAUCUCGAGUGGUGUCAGGUGCUCACACUGGCCCUGUGUUCGCCAUGUUCACUACACUAGAGGACGGGCUGGUCGUCUCAGCCGGCAAAGAGAGAAGUGAUGAGGGUGGUGUCAAGUUGUGGGACGUGGAUAUGAACCGAUCGCGAACCUUCCCCCUCGGGUCUAAAGGGGGCGUGGUCAGGGCUGUAUUCAGGUCAAAGGGCAAGAUGAUCGUGGGUACCCAGUGUGGUAGGCUGCUGGAGGUUGAGGAGAAGAGUGGAGCUGUGCAGGUUCUGACCGAGGGUCACGCUGAGGGGGAGUUGUGGGGGUUGGACGUGCAUCCCUCCACCCACUCGUUUGUGACAGCCUCUAACGACAAGACUGUGCGUACAUGGGACCUCAACACAAAGGCUCAGCUAGCGUGUGUGGAUAUGGGCGUGGCUGUCCGCUCGGCUGAUUACUCUCCUGAUGGGGAGAGAGUGGUGAUAGGACAGACCAAUGGAGAGUUUGCUGUACUGCUAGCAGGGGAUCUGUGUACUCUGGGAAAGAAGAGGGACCGCAAGGGCGUCAUUCAGGUCGUCAGGUACUCUCCGGACGGGACCUGUAUAGCGGUGGGUUCUGAUGAUGCUUGUGUGGACGUGUACUCUAGUGAACGAUUGGAGAGGGUGGGCUACUGCAGGGGAAUCCCCUCCUCUGUCACACACAUUGACUGGUCACAUGACAGCAAGUACCUUCAGGUGAGCACGGAGUCGUAUGAAAAGCUAGUGUUCCAAGUGUCCAACGGUAAGAGCAUCACUGACCCCUCGGCUCUGGACAAGAUCGUGUGGAGCUCCUGGACAAGUGUGCUGGGUGAGGAGGUGGUGGGGAUCUGGCCCAAGAAUGCUGACAAAGGUGACGUCAACACUGCCCAUCUCAGCUCCUCAGGCAAUGCUGUUGCCACUGGCGACGAUUUCGGCUGUGUCAAAUUAUUUGAUGGAUUUCCACUUUCUGAGAAGUUUGCUCCUUGCAAGAAGUUCUAUGGCCACUCUGAUCGUGUGACCUCGGUGAGGUUCCUCCAUGAUGAUAGCCACCUCCUGUCAGCUGGUGGGGAUGACUCUUGUGUGUUUGUGUGGAAGUGUCACUCGGAUUCCUAGGAUGAACAUCACAUGACUGUACAUACGUGAUAUAGUGAACUAUUGACAAUCAGAGAUAUAGUUUUGUUUGAUUCAAAUUGGUCGUAGAAGUUUAUAAUUUAACAUUGCCUCUAAUUACUGUUUCCCUUUGUAAUACUUGUGCUGAAUUACAACAAUUGACCUGUAAACCUUUACAUGAUUCUGUUUGUCAGUUUG